GGGUCUACAAGGGGUCAUUCCACUCGCACGGCCAUCACACCUCUAUCCCCCACACCUCUGUUGCUGCCCCAGCUGCCCAUGCUUCGGGCAGCCGACCGAUACAACCAUUGCCGGCCGGAGCACAUCGGCAUCCCUUUACCCCGAGUGUUAUGCAGACAACACUCCUUGACCAUUGGAAGUCAUUGCCACUCGAUAAGUAUGAUGGUUCCACCGACCCCGACGAGCAUGUCGACAUCUUUUUGACUCAGGUCACCCUCAACACUACUGACGAUGCUGCCUUAUGCCGAAUCUUCGCAACUUCGUUGAAGGGUCGGGCAUUGAGCUGGUUCACACGACUUCCGGCCAACUCAGUCGACUCCUUCAAUACAUUGGCAUCUCAAUUCACCAUUCAAUUUGCCACCAGCAAACCUCAUCAGCUGACCUCGCUCUCAUUGGUAAGCAUAAGACAAGAAAAGAAGGAAUCCCUUCGGACCUUCAUGAGCCGAUUCAAUAAAGCGGCUUUGGAGAUUCGAGACCUCAACCCUGUUGUAGCUUUGCACCACCUUACCACCGCCUUGAAACUGGGACCUUUCGCCAACAGCAUCUGUAAGAAACCCCUAACUGAUAUGGAUGAUUUGCGUCGGCACGCCGACAAAUACAUGCAAAUGGAGGAAUUAGCUGAGUUCCGUAAUCAAGCAAGGGCAGAGAUAGCCACCAAAGCCGAUAAGCCAGUCGAGAGCAACUAUCGGAGCCAUCCCAAAGAAACUGCUUCCCGCGAAAAACCCACACGAGGACCAAGGUAUUCUCAUUACACCCUAUUGAACGCCAGCCGAUCUUCUGUCCUAGAUCAGGCACUCGCUUCAGAGGUCUUGGCAGUGCCAAAAUGA